AACACCUUUCCUUGUAAAGACCACCUCGAGCCUAACAUUUCUUGCCCACACAACGCUUUUCUACCAUCGGAACACUCCUGCCUCGCGGUCGAUCCCAAUCAUCCCAUGUCAUCAUCCAAGCCUUUCAUCAUUGAAGUUUGCAUUGACUCUGUGGAGUCCGCUAUCGCAGCUGUAAACGGAGGAGCCAACCGACUCGAGCUAUGCGCCAAUAUCGGCCUGGGAGGCGGGACUACGCCCAGUCUUGGUCUAUUCACGGCAGUCCAAAGAGCAGUGCCUAGCGUACCCAUCAUGAUAAUGAUCCGUUCUCGCACUGGAGACUUCUUGUAUACCGAGCACGAGCUGGACGUCAUGAUCGAAGACAUACGCGUUUUCAAGGCAGCUGAUGCUCAUGGUGUUGUGCUCGGUGUACUAACAGCAGAUGGGGACAUAGAUGUUCCUCACACCACCAGACUCGUCAAUGAAGGCCUGCCCUUAGAAGUCUGCUUUCAUAGGGCAUUUGACAUGACGCGGGAUACCAUCUGUGACGACGAAGGAAACUACAUAUCCCCAAAGUCACUUGAACAGAUAGCAUCUAUACCGGGAAUAACGGGAAUCUUGACGAGUGGGCAUCAAAAGACAGCUCCAGAAGCUAGCCUUGCCAUCCGAGGGCUGUUACAGCAUGCAUCCACCUUGAACAGGGAACGAGAGAUACCCCUCACAAUCCUACCUGGGUCCGGUAUAAACCCGACGACCGUCUGUCCGCUCUUGAAAGAACUGUUGCCUAUUGGGUUGAGAGAGAUCCAUCUUAGUGCCGGAAAUUGGGUGCCGACGGAAAUGCGAUAUAGACGAAACGGCAUGGGUAUGGGCGUCGGGGGUGAAGGCGAAUGGGGAAUCUGGAAAACAAAAGAGGAGAAAGUGAGAGAGGUCAGAGCAAUUGUUGACUCCGUCCUCCGUGAGGUUCAACCGCAGUCACACUGAACCAUCUGAAUCGGAAGAAUAAAGCGAUUUUAUAGCAACCUGACAUUAACCCAGGUCGAAAGCAAACGAAAAGAAAGGAAGUAACGCACGAGGAUAAUACAAAGUCAGUGAAUAUGUCAUGCAGAAGUGUUACGCCCACCACGACCACCGCCUGCUCGUCUUUUACCACCUCUCCCUGAACGUUUUGCAGUACGUUUACUUCGACACGAGUCGCAAAUCCAAUCACCGUCCGGUGCCUCUUUAAGCCCGACGCAUCC